AGCUGGUGAGCGGAGAUACAGAAGAGGAGCAAGGAAAAGAAAACACGCUUCCACCUUUAGUUGCUGGCUGUUGGUUGUUUGCGUUUCUGUGUUUGCUUUGUAUUCUGUUCUGACGCUUCGACAUACACAGAGAAGAAAGGAUGUCUUUUCUCUUCCAGCUAUUUGUCAGCCUAGGACUGCCGCUCAUCGCUUUCCUGCUCUACGACCGCCUUGCUGCGCGAAUGGGACCUGCGGAGGGGGUUAAAGCCACUACCACUACUACUACUACGAUCACCACCACUACCACCACGGUGCCCGAGCCGAAUGCCGCGUCGAAGACACACGGCGCGGAUGCGGCUGCGUUCGACCAGCAGGUGCAAGCGGAGCUGGCGAAGUUGCAAGACCACAAGAAGACGUCAACGGAUCCCAUGAAGGCGUCGUCAGCGCCUUCUGCUGCUGCUGAAGUCAGCAAAGCUGCCAAGGACAAGAAAGUGCCGGCAGCCAUCCUCAUUGCCUACGCGUCGCAGUCGCAGAACUCGCUGGCCCUCGCCCACAAGCUUUUCUCGCAGCUCUCCGCGCACCUUCACACGUCAUCCCAGAGCAACAGCGACGAUGCAGAUCCUACUGCGGUGCUCCCUGAAGUGCGCGUGCUCGAGAUGCGGGAAGAACAGGAAGAAGACGACAACGGCAGCAGCGGCGGCGCACCGCGCGAUGACGCAGCGAGCCGCGUGAAGAGCUCGAACGUGUGCCGCGUCGACACCUUGUUGGACCCCAACCACUACGCCCUGACCAUCUUUAUUACGAGCACCUACACGGAUGGCUUGGCUCCGCCACGCUCGCAGGCCUUUGAGGCGAUGCUGAAGGACGCGUUUGAGGACCACCGCAUCCCCCGCAACACCCUCAGCCAGAAGCGCUUCGCCGUCUUCGGCCUCGGCGACGUCGCCUACGGCGAGGAGCGCUUCAACACCUUCGCAAAGCACCUGCACGAGUGGUGUCGCGGCCUCGGUGCGCCGGCCUUCGUGGUACCGCCGGUGUACGCGACGGACAACAAGACACAGACGCUCUUCCGCGUGUUCUCGACGGCGCUGCUGAAGUGGGUGAAUCGCGCCACGUUCCACGCCGACGGCACGGUGACGGUGAGGAAGAAGACGGAUGCUGCGGCGUCAUCCAUUGCAGGCGGGGGCAUCGCCGCACGUGGGCGGAGGUCGAAGAAAGCGGCGGGUGCGACAGACGGUGGGUGUGCGUGUCGGGCGGCGAACAUCGCCAGCGGCGGUGGUGGUGGUGAUGGCGGUGAAGAGGGCGGUGACGGAUCAGUCAACGGAUGCUGCCAAGGAAGCAGAGGCAGCGGUGCGGGUCAGGUGGAGGUGAAGUGUGAGGUGGAGGAGGGAGAAGAAGGCUCCGCGGACGAGGACGCGUCGAGCAGCGUGGGAGAGCAGGAGAGCGACGACAUGGAUGAUGUUGAGGAUCUCGUGUGGGACGGCACGGACGACGCAGACUUCGAUGCGACGCAGGACCCAAACGAGCUGCCCGAACUGCUCUACCCGAAGCUGCGGCAGAACCUCGAGAAGCAGGGCUACCGCCUCAUCGGCAGCCACUCCGGCGUGAAGCUGUGCCGCUGGACCAAGUCCAUGCUGCGCGGCCGCGGCGGGUGCUACAAGCACACCUUCUACGACAUCAACUCGUCCCAGUGUAUGGAGAUGACGCCGAGCCUCGCCUGCGCGAACAAGUGCGUCUUCUGCUGGCGGCACCACACCAACCCCAUCUCACGUCAUUUCCGCUGGAAGCAGGACCCGCCGGAGCUGCUGAUCGCGCAGGGGAUGGCCGGACACUACCAGAUGAUCAAGCAGAUGCGCGGGGUGCCCGGGGUGACGCCGGAGCGGCUGGCGACGGCCAUGCAGAUUCGUCACUGCGCCCUCUCGCUGGUGGGCGAGCCGAUCAUGUACCCGCAGAUCAACGGCUUCUGCGACCUGCUGCACGCACACCACAUCUCGUCUUUCAUGGUGACAAACGCGCAGUUCCCGGAGCAGCUGCGUGACCUGAAGCCCGUCGUGCAGCUGUACCUGUCCAUUGAUGCGCCGACGCCCGAUGAGCUGAAGCGGAUCGACCGCCCCCUCUUCGAAGACUACUGGGACCGCUGCCUGAGUUGCGUGAAGGAGCUCGCGAGGAAGCCGCAGCGCACCGUCUUUCGGCUCACGCUAGUGAAUCUGUAUAACACCGACAACGUGAAGGCCUACGCGGAUUUGGUCGCGAUGGGUCAGCCGGACUUCAUUGAGGUGAAGGGUGUCACCUACUGUGGCACAAGCACGAGCAGCACCCUCACCAUGAAAGACAACGUACCACGGCACGACGAGGUCAUCGGCUUCUGCAAGGCGUUGUGCGAGGAGAUGGCGCGACGUAAUCCGCAUUACACCACGCCGCAGAUGCACGCUGCACCGCCGAAGCAGGAGAAGCAGGAGCAGGAGGAUUUUGUGAUGCGUGAGGACGACGUGGACGACGUGAUUGUGAUCCCGCCAGAGGAGCGUGACCGUCCCUACCACAUUGCGUGCGAGCACGAGCACAGCUGCUGCGUGCUCAUCGCGCUCGACAAGUUCUUCUUCGACCACCACUGGCACACCUGGAUCAACUACGAGAGGUUCUACGAGCUGAUCGAGUCCGGGCGCAGGGACUUCACCUCGCUCGACUACGCGGCUGUCACGCCGACGUGGGCGACGUACAAGUCGAAGGAGAAGGGAUUUGAUCCAGAGCAGACGCGUGUGGCCGGCAAGAAGGCGCGGCCCACGGCAGCUGCUGCCGUGUGA